CUCACUUGAAAGCCCAAGCCCAAAUUACAGUCAAUGAAGUAACAAUAUAAUAGGAGUUAGGGUUUUCUCAUACUUUCUCUCAGCCGAUCCCUAGCAUCAUCCACAGCUGCCGGAUUCUUCCAUUCUAGUUUGAUAUUGCAAGAUGUAUACCUCAAGGAAGAAGAUCCAUAAGGACAAGGAUGUUGAGCCUACUGAAUUUGAGGACUCUGUUGCUCAGGCAUUGUUUGACUUGGAGAAUGCAAACCAGGACCUUAAGAGUGACUUGAAGGAUCUUUACAUUAACAGCGCUACCCAAAUUGAUGUCUCUGGAAACCGGAAGGCGGUGGUGAUUCAUGUUCCUUACAGACUAAGGAAAGCUUUCCGCAAGAUUCAUCUCAAGCUCGUUAGAGAGCUUGAGAAGAAGUUCAGCGGCAAGGAUGUGGUUUUGAUCGCAACUAGAAGAAUGCUGCCGCCUCCUAAGAAAGGUUCAGCAGUUCAGAGGCCUCGCAACCGUACCUUGACAGCUGUGCAUGACGCCAUGCUAGAGGAUAUCGUUUACCCUGCUGAGAUUGUUGGAAAACGUGUCCGAUACAGAGUUGACGGAUCCAAAGUCAUCAAGAUUUUCUUGGACCCUAAGGCAAGAAACGACACCGAGUACAAACUGGAGACUUUUGGAGGGGUUUACAAGAAGCUUUGUGGGAAAGAUGUCGUGUUCGAGUAUCCUAUCACAGAGCCUUGAAUGAUCUCUGGUGAGGAAGUUGUUAUUUAAUUGUUUCAAAUUUUGUUUGUGAUUUGAAAUGCUGCAACUUUAUGGUGCAUUUUAAUAUUUGACUUCAAGAUAUUCAGAUCAUGCUCAGUUUUUUGGUAAUAUUUGGUUGUAGAACUUGAAUCUUACUUGGAGAUGAACUUUUCUUGCUGUUUGUUUUUCUUAA